AUGACCCGCAUGACCAAAGGUGGUUAUGCGAUGCUCGUUUUGACCACAGCACUCCUAGCGGCUGCUGCUGCCUUGACGAAAAAAAAGACAACGGACGACGAGUUGAUCUUGGGGUUCAUCACUCCGGACUGUUUCGACGCUUUCGUGACUCGCUAUGAGUUUGCCAAUGUCGAGUGCAUCAAAGCCGUGGUCAGCAAAGCGCUGAGCUAUGCCAUCAUCACGGGGAGUUUGAUCCUCAAACUACCGCAGAUCCUCAAGAUCCUGGCUGCCAAAGACGCUACGGGUCUCACUCCAAGCGCCUUCUACAUGGAGGUGGUGCUCUAUCUGUCCAGUACCAUCUACAAUCUCCUGCGAGGGUAUCCGAUAUCCACCUGGGGCGAAAACCUGGUCAUCCUGACGCAGAAUGUCGUCUUGGUGUUGCUGCUAUGGACGUUUUACAAGCCCACGAUCCCCAUGACCACUCGUUUCGGACUCGUGUCGGUGUUUGCUGCUAUGGCAGCGGGAAUGCUCUUGAUCUCGGACGAAUUCCAGUGGCUGCUGGCGUCGGCAGGGAUCCCCGUGAGUAUCAUCGCUCGCAUUCCACAGAUUUUGUCCAACUUUAAGCAGGGACACACGGGCCAGUUGGCGAUCAUCACGUUGGCGCUCAACUUGGCAGGCUCGAUUGCGCGCUUGUUCACUACGAUGCAGGAGACAGGGGACCCCGUGCAGGUUGCAGGCUUCGGCGUGGCUAUUUUGCUGAACGGAACACUGGUACUGCAGGUACUGGUGCUAUGGGGGGCUACGAACAAAGUGCUUGCACAGGCUUCCACGAAGAAAGCGCAGUAG